GACCAACACCUAAUUUGAACUGGUGUAUAAACGACCCAAGGCAUCAAGGUUAGUUGAAAAUCUAAGAUUUUCCACUGGAUAGCAAAACGAAGAGCUUAAAGCCAUGCUACAAUACACCCUUGUGCUAAUCUCCUGUAUAUAUGCAGCUGAGGCUAGCUCCUGUAUAUUUCGCGAGUUCGAAAACGGUACCGUGUGUGUUUGCAAUGCUACCUACUGCGACACCAUUCCAGUUUACGAAACGCCUAGCAACGGUUCGUACCUACGGUAUACGUCGAGUGGAGAUGAUUUGAGACUCAGCAGAACACUGGGUGAUUUCACAAAUGAAACAACAUCCGACGGGGCCGUGAUUCUGCUCCAACGGAACGUAACCUAUCAAAGUAUUCAGGGCUUUGGAGGUGCCUUCACUGAUGCCGCGACUAUAAACAUAAAAUCGCUGAGCAAAGCUGCACAGACAAACUUGCUAACGUCUUAUUUCGCCAAGGAAGGUAUCAGGUAUAAUAUUGGCCGUGUACCCAUUGCCGGUACUGACUAUUCCACAAGGAAUUACACCUACGAUGACAACGAUGGUGACGUGUCACUCGGAAACUUUAGUCUCGCGGACGAGGACUUUGAUUACAAAAUUCCUCUGAUGCUCGAAGCACUUGAAAUCAAUGAGGAACUCAGGUUUUUGGCUUCAUCGUGGACUGCUCCACCUUGGAUGAAGACAAAUGCUGAUUACGUCAAUGGAUAUUUGAAGGAAGAGUACUACCAAGUGUACGCUGACUAUCUCAUCAAAUUCUUGGACGCGUACUACGACCAAGGAUUAGAGAUGUGGGCGAUCACGACUGGCAAUGAGCCCAACAAUGGAAUCACUUCAAACUCUACUAUCACCUCCAUGUCAAUGACAUUGAACGAAACAGCCACUUGGCUUGCGUCGAAUUUCGGUCCCGCACUGGCUAAAUCAAAGCACAACAAAACGCUAAUUCUUUCUCUCGAUGAUGAGAGAAGUUUUUUAAUUCCAUCCCUGAAAGAUAUGUUUGAAAAUGAAUUGGCCAAGAACUAUACAGAUGGUGUCGCCAUUCAUUGGUAUGACGACAAAAGGGCUAACGCAAGUGUGCUUACGGAAUUUCACGAUUCCUAUCCUGAACCAUUUCUUCUCAUGGAUGAGGCUUCAGUCCUAACUUGGGCAGCGUUGGGCGAACUUUCCUUGGGAUCCUGGAGUACGGGAGAAAAGUACAUAAACGAUAUAUUCGACAACCUGGAAAACUGGGUGACUGGUUGGAUGGACUGGAAUAUUGCAUUGAACAAAGACGCUGAACCGAAUUGGACAUCGGCAUUCAGGGCACAAUCUCCCAUUAUCGUGAAUCCUGACGACGACGAAUUCUACAAACAGCCAUUGUUCUACGCCAUAGCCCACUUCAGCAGAUUCAUCCCCCGGAAUUCUGUGAGACUAGAACUCACUCAAACCAAUAGUUCAUUGAGAUCUUUGGCUUUCGAGACUCCGGAGAAUGAGACGGUCAUCGUAGUUUACAACAAUCAAACCCUGGAUCAGCGGGUGAUCAUUCGUGACACAGAAAAAGGAGACAUCGAGGUGGAGUUAACAGGUGGUUCCAUUCACACGAUCCUCUACAAAUAGCGGGAUAGUAUUGAUAAGUAACCUUACUUUACUUGGUAAUCUUACCUUACCUUGAAGCGUAUCAAAACAUACCCUGACAAAAUGAGUCAUUACAAAAAUGCGAGGUUUAAUGGGAUACUUAUGAGGUGAUAAAAGAUUACAAUUUAAAAAGGUUUCUGAUAGUAUAGUAUCACACCUGGACAA